UUACAACAACCUCACCUACAACUGCAACUACGCUUCCAUCUACCAUCUCUUCUACAGAAACAACACAAACAACUGAACCUACAACUGUUUACGACAAACUCAUCUACAACUGCAACUCCACUUCCAUCUACUGUCUCUUCUACAGAAACACCACAAACAACUGAACCUACAACUGUGAUUACAACAAACUCACCUACAACUGCAACUACACUUCCAACUACUGUCUCUUCUACAGAAACAACACAAACAACUGAAGCUACAUCUGUGGUUACAACAAACUCACCUACAACUGCAACUACACUUCCAACUACUGUCUCUUCUACAGAAACAACACAGACAACUGAACCUACAACUGUAGUUACAACAACCUCACCUACAACUGCAACUACGCUUCCAUCUACCAUCUCUUCUACAGAAACAACACAAACAACUGAACCUACAACUGUGGUUACGACAAACUCAUCUACAACUGCAACUCCACUUCCAUCUACUGUCUCUUCUACAGAAACAACACAAACAACUGAACCUACAACUGUGAUUACAACAAACUCACCUACAACUGCAACUACACUUCCAACUACUGUCUCUUCUACAGAAACAACACAAACAACUGAAGCUACAUCUGUGGUUACAACAAACUCAACAACAUCCCUACAUACAACAAAUACAACCCCAAACACAACUCAGUCAGUUUUUUUUAGUUUUUCCAGCGAUGAAACCUUUGUGGCUGAUCUGGAAACUCCAACUUCAGCGGUAUAUAAAUCCAGAGAAAAGCAAGUCUUAACUGAGUUGGAGCCGUUAUUUAAAAACCAGUUCCCCUCCUUCAUUAGCCUGCUAGUUAUUAAGUUCCGUCGUGGUUCAAUCAUCACUGACCUGAAUUUGACAUUUGGAGCCGAAUUACCCAAUACAGAGGACAUAAAAAGCACUAUUUGGCAAGCCAAUGCCACUCUUAAUAUCACCAGUGUAACAGUAAUGGAGCCCACCACCACAACCAGCACCACAACACCUAUAACCACACCUACCACAACCACAACCACACCUAUUACAAUCGGCACCACAACCACCCCUGACACAACAACAACCGCCACCACAACCACACCUGACACAACAACAACCGCCACCACAACCACACCUAAUACAACAACAACAGCCGCCACAACCACACCUAAUACAACAACAAUCGCCACCACAACAACAACCACACCUAACACAACAACAACCGCCACCACAACCACACCUAAUACAACAACAAUCGCCACCACAACAACAACCACACCUACCACAAACACAACCACACCUAUUACAACAACAACAACAACCAACACACCUAACACAACAACAACCACCACCACAACCACACCUAAUACAACAACAACCGCCACCACAACAACAACCACACCUAAUACAACAACAACCGCCGCCACAACCACAACCACACCUAAUACAACAACAACAGCCGCCACAACCACACCUAAUACAACAACAAUCGCCACCACAACAACAACCACGCCUAACACAACAACAACCGCCGCCACAACCACAACCACACCUAAUACAACAACAACAGCCGCCACAACCACACCUAAUACAACAACAAUCGCCACCACAACAACAACCACACCUAACACAACAACAAUCGCCACCACAACAACAACCACACCUAACACAACAACAACUGCCACCACAACAACAACCACACCUAAUACAACAACAAUCGCCACCACAACAACAACCACACCUACCACAAACACAACCACACCUUUUACAACAACAACCGCCACCACAACCACAACCACACCUAACACAACAACAACUGCCACCACAACAACAACCACACCUAAUACAACAACAAUCGCCACCACAACAACAACCACACCUAAUACAACAACAAUCGCCACCACAACCACACCUAAUACAACAACAAUCGCCACCACAACAACAACCACACCUACCACAAACACAACCACACCUAUUACAACAACAACAACAACCACACCUAAUACAACAACAACCGCCACCACAACCACACCUAAUACAACAACAACCGCCACCACAACAACAACCACACCUAAUACAACCACAACUGCCGCCACAACCACAACCACACCUAAUACAACAACAACAGCCGCCACAACCACACCUAAUACAACAACAAUCGCCACCACAACCACACCUGACACAACAAUCGCCACCACACCUAACACAACAAUCGCCACCACAACAACAACCACACCUAACACAACAACAACCGCCACCACAACCACAACCACAACCACAACCACACCUAAUACAACAACAAUCGCCACCACAACAACAACCACACCUAACACAACAAUCGCCACCACACCUAAUACAAUAACAACAACAGACAACCUUAAUACAACAACAACCACAACCACACCUAAUACAACAACCACCACCACCACAACAACCACACCCAAUACAACAACAACAGCCAACCUUAAUACAACAACCACCACCACCACAACCACACCUAAUACAACAACAACCGCCACCACAACAACAGCCAAACCUAAUACAACUACCACCAGCCCUACUAUAACAACAAAAGCAACAACAACAACAACUACAACUACAACAACAACCACCCACACAACUCCAACUACAACAACCACAACAUCAACAACUCCAACUACAACCACCACCACCACCACAACAACAACUCCAACUACAACCACCACAACAACAACUCCAACUACAACCACCACCACAACAACAGCACCAGCACGUCCUCUGCCAACUGUAGCCAUACAGAUUGUUAUUAUAGAGGUUUUUACUCCAGCACUGGCACACCCAGAAACUACAGAAUUUAAAGAACUAGCCGCAAGAGUGGAGACUAUGUUUGAUGAAGUCUAUAAAAAAAAGUUUGGGCCUCGUUUCAUCAGGACCAUCGUGAUUGCAUUCAUAGCUGUUGCCAGAACCCGGGCAGAAUCGAAUGUACAGGCGGAGGUUGAGUUGGUGUUUAGUGAAGCGUCCACUGAACCGAUCCCCAGCAACACUGAAAUUGUGCAGACUCUAAAAGAAGCAGCUGUUAAUUCAACUGCAGGCUUCAACCUCACCCUUGAUGCCGCCACUAUUACUGUCAUUAAAUCAGUGAAGAUAAUUCCACUGACAAUCCUCACCAAUGGAACCUUUGUGGCUGUUCUUUCAAAUAAAAAUUCUACUGAAUUUCAGAACAGAGCUUCGAUGAUAAAAGCAGGGCUUGAACCUUUUUUCCUGGCUGAUUAUCCAACAUCAUUCAGCACCAUAUCCGUAACAAACUUCAGUGAUGCCAGUGUAAAAUUAAGGAGUGUGCCAACAAUCCGAAACUCCAUGGAUCUUGUAUUCGGAGUGGACGCCGUUCUACCCAAUAGCACCCAGAUAGUGAACACUGUAGUACGAGCAGCCAGAAACAACACGUUACCCUUCCAGAUCUUCACUUCUUCAAUCAUAAUAAAUGGAACCGAAUUUUCGUCAGGUGAAGUCAGCAGCAGGGUCAGUGUGUUGACCGCUUCAGUCCUGGUUGCUGUGUCGCUUCUGGUUCCAUGGUUUAACUGGGCGUAACCACUCAGGCCAAUAUAACUGAUUCAGACGGGUCUGAAUCUUGCCUUCAGCUCAAGUGAAGGACUCAAAUGAAGCUGACGAUGCUACUUAAUGAGUAGUGAUAAAAGUUUAUAUUUAAUUAAUAUAAUCCUAUUUAUAUAAUAUAAUGCAUUCCAUAUUGGUUCUGGAUCUUCAUGUUCCUGCAUGUUUUGGUAAAUUUUCUUCAGAAAGUACGCUUUACUAUUAUAUCCCACAACUGUUCCUUUUAGUAAGGACAUUUUUGAAACACAUUACACAUUAUUGAUUUCUCAGUAAAGGUAUCAAGAAACAGUUAAAAAACAACAACCACAUUUCAGCUGAUUUUCAGUUUUAUUAAUAUGACGACUUUAAAAUCAGCCAUCCUCAGAUCAUAUCUCGCUGCUUCAGUUAGAUUACUAUACAUAUUAAAACAGAACCAUAAUACUAUGCAUAUUUAAAAUAAAACUCUACUGUGUGCUGACAGAGGGAAAUGGGUGAUUUAAAAAGUUUGAUCUCUUUAGAAGAUUCCACUUUAUUUUUGAGAUUUCAAGGUCAAACUGUUGUCUCAUACACACAUACCUUUGAAAUGCAGCAUAGCGGCUCUUCUGAAACCGAAUGCAAGCCAUGCAUUUGAAAAUGUUAAAGUUCAUUUUUAUGCUGGCUGACUCUGAACAGUCUGGAACUGGAGUGAAAGGAUAAAGUGUUUCAAUGCUAAUGAAACCUGUAAAGUGACUCUGCAGAAUGACAAAUAGCUACAGGAUAUGACAUCAAUCUAGGGGAGAAGCUUGGGUCUGAUAAUAUUACAUAUUAACUACAAAAACAACACGCUUCUAAGUCAAAUGCAAAAUUUCAUGCACUUGUAUCAUACCAGUAUUUUCUAAAUUAUUUAUUCUAGAAAAAAAUCUAUCUAAUAUUUCCAAAGUUAAUUUAAUUCUGAACUCUAAGGGAUUUUCUGGGAAAUGUAUUGCUUGUUGAUAUUGUGCACACUAAACCAUGUAAUGGGUAGCAAGAGCACAAGUUAGAUAUCAGACUGUAUGGAUAUAUAAGUUUGUAUAUAUAUUUCAAUUCUGUAUAUGUAUUAUUUAUAACUUUUCCGGAUAACAGUCAAUGUUGCAUCUAUGUGCUAAAUAUAACAAGUGCAAAUAUAACAGUGAUAAAUAAAAUCAAUCAUUUUCA